GUCACGUGGCCUCCCCGAGGAGGCGGAGCCGCGGCCGGGCUGAGGGUCGGUGUCCUGGAGGCUCGGACUUGCCCUGACCUCCCUCCCCCUCCUGCUCGGUCUCUCUCUCCCCCCGCCCUUCCACCUCCCCAGCCUCAGCCGCCUCUUCCCCUUUCCCGCCGGGCCGUCAAGGGGGCUGCGCGAAGCCGGCGCUUCUGGGCGGCCGCCGGGAGCGGGAGCGGGCGCGUUGAGCGAGAGGAGCAGCGCCACCAGAUACAUGGUCAUAGAACAUGGGAGUUGGAAAGAAGAGGGACCUGCUACAGCAUCUCUGACAGAUUGCUGUCAUUUGAAAACCUCCAGUGAAUAAGAGCUUACCAUUUAAUGAGGCAGACUGUCAGCUGUCGAACACCUCUUACAAUUAAGAAGUUCUUCCUAAUGUCUAACCUAAAUCUGCUUCCUUGUAAUUUCAACCCAUUGGUUCUAGUCCUAUCCUCAGAAACAGAGAACAAGUCCACUCCUCCUAUGUGCUAGCCUGGGUUAAGCAUGUAAAGCUGUUGUGAAAAACCAGAAUAUAUGUGGAUUCUUUUCUGGUACAGAAUUUUAAAGUAGUUCAGGUUUAAACUCCUAGUGCUAUGAGGUAUUAUCUAAAAUGCUUGGUGUUCCAAGAUGAAUAAAUGGCUUUUAAAAUGACAUACAUUUAAGGAAGCUUUGAAUGCUCAUCUUGGUCUAUUGUUAUCCAGGAAGGGAAACAGGACCUCAUCCAGAAUCUAAUCCAGAUCUAUACCAUGCAGUGUGAUUUUGUGGAUAACAUGAUGGCCACUCAACCUAAGAUAAUUAUGGAGUUAUGACUAACAGAUUAACUUCAGGACUACUGAUUUGUCAAGCUGAAGAAUUCAGAGGAUCAGAUUCCUAAAGUCUCCUCUAGGAGACGAGCAACCUGAAGGCUGUUAUGGCUCAAAUUUUCGGGAUCCGCUUAACUUGUCAUGUGGCUUCUUAUGCAGGAUCUCCUGGUUCUUCUUAAUACCUGAUCAACUUCCACUGCAACAAAUUACACAGCCAUGGUCUGGGGUGACAUACCUAACUUGAAAGUUAACUACACUUCAUUGUGUUCUUCAACCAUGAGAGACCUGGAAGUGGAUAUUAACUCUAGAUUGGAGGAAGGUGUCAUAAAACACACGAGCUCUUCUGAAGGUUCCACCAUCUUCGUAGCUUUUAAAGGGAAUAUAGAUGAUGAUGACUUCAAACAGAAAUUAGGCAUCAUAUUGGACAAUGUGCCUGACCUUUUACAUAUGGAUUCUGACAAGUUAAAAUUGAGGAAGGUGGAACCUUGGAACAGUGUACGUGUUACUUUCAAUAUUCCUCGUGAAGCUGCUGAGCGACUACGAAUGCUGGCUCAAAACAACAACCAGCAACUUCGAGACUUGGGAAUUCUCUCAGUUCAAAUUGAAGGUGAAGGUGCCAUCAAUUUGUCACUAGCUCCAAACAGAGGCCAAGAUGUGAGGAUUAAUGGACCUGUUGGACCAGGCAACUCGGUACGAAUGGAGACGGGAUUUCCCAUGCAAGGUAGCCAAGGAUUAAUACGAAUAAACAAUCCUGCAACUGUCAUGAUGCAGCAGAGUGGGAGUGUAUCAUCCUCUGUGAUAAGUGCAACUAACCCAGAGCUGCCACCCAGAACACCUCGGCCUGCCUCUCAGUCAGAUCCAGUGGAUCCACUCCUAUCAGGGCUAACUAUCCAACAGCAGAAUCAUCCAUCUGGAUCUGUAGUGCCUCAGCUCCAUUCAGUGCAGUCAGUUCCUGUUAAUCGGCAGAUAAACCCAGCCAACUUCCAGCAGAUGCAGCCGCAACUGCAGCCACGCCCUCCACAACAGCACCAGCAGCCACAACAGGGAAUACGUCCUUCAUUUACAACUCCAGUUCAGGUUCCAGUUCCUCCUGGUUGGAACCAGGUGCCUUCUGGAACUGUUCAACCACCUCCCUCCCAAGGAACAGUGAGCACAUUGCCAGUUAACCAGGGGUGGAAAAAGGCCCCAUUGCCUGGACAAAUGCAACAGCAACUCCAAGCCAGACCAUCUUUAGCAACAGUGCAAACACCCUCCCAUCCCCCACCCCCAUACCCUUUUGGAAGCCAACAAGCUUCUCAGGCACACACAAACUUUCCACAGAUGAAUAACUCUGGUCAGUUUACUGCUCCUCAAAUGAAGAAUCUUCAGGGAGGACCCUCACGGGUCCCAACACCACUACAACAACCCCACCUGACCAACAAGUCUCCUGCCUCCUCUCCCUCCUCCUUUCAGCAGGGUUCGCCUGCAUCCUCCCCCACAGUUAACCAAGCACAGCAACAGAUGGGACCAAGGCCUCCCCAGAACAAUACCCUCCCCCAGGGGUUUCAACAGCCUGUAAAUUCUCCUGGCCGUAAUCCUAUGGUACAACAGGGAAACGUACCUCCUAACUUCAUGGUGAUGCAACAGCAAAACCAGGGUCCACAGGGUUUACAUCCUGGGUUAGGUGGAAUGCCCAAGCGUCUACCACCUGGCUUUCCUCCAGGACAGGCCAAUCAGAACUUCAUGCAAAGUCAGGUGCCUUCUACAGCACCAGGCACACCUGCAAAUAGUGGAACACCUCAACUGCAAACAAGUCAAAGUGUCCAGCAUACAGGUGGUCAAGGAAAUGGUCCUCCUCAGAAUCAGAUGCAAAUUCAACAUGGCCCGCCAAAUAUGAUGCAGACCAAUUUAAUGGGACUUCAUGGAAAUAUUAACAACCAGCAGACAGGCAACAGUGGAGUUCCCCAGGUUAACAUGGGCAACAUGCAGCCGCAGCCUCCACAAGGACCACAAUCUCAGCUUAUGGGGAUGCACCAACAAAUAGUGUCCUCUCAAGGACAGAUGGUGAACAUUCAGCCUCAGGGAUCUCUAAAUGCUCAAAACCAGAUGAUACUUUCUCGAGCUCAACUCCUGCCCCAGGGCCAGAUGAUGGUAGCACCUCAAAACCAAAAUCUUGGUCCAUCACAACAAAGAAUAACCCCACCCAAACAGAUGAUUCCCCAGCAAGGCCAGCAGAUGAUGGCUGCACAUAAUCAGAUGAUGGGACCCCAGGGCCAGGUGUUGCUGCAACAGAAUUCAAUGAUGGAUCAGAUGAUGACCAAUCAGAUGCAAGGAAAUAAACAGCCUUUUAAUUCUCAAAGCCAGUCUAAUGUUAUGACGGGGCCAGCUCAGAUAAUGAGAGGACCAACUCCCAAUAUGCAAGGAAACAUGACGCCAUUUCCGGGGCAGAUGAUAACCCAGCAAGGCCCUGUGAAUGGCAAUUCUCAGGUUAUGGGGAUUCAAGGACAAGUUCUGAGACCCACUGGACCUAAUACUCACAUGUCUCAGCAACUGGGUGAUACCACCACUACAACAAACAGUGAUUUGACACAAAUGCUACCGGACGUUUCCAUGCAGCAAGGAAACAUGGUGCCUCCCCACUUACAAGGGCUACAGGGAAACAGCAACACAUCAGGGAGCCAUUUUGCUGGACACGGGAUGCCUUUCAGUGCUCCUUUCAGUGGAGGCCAGAACGGAAAUCAGAUUUCCUGUGGACAAAAUCCAGGUUUUCCUAUCAACAAAGAUGUCACAUUAACAAGCCCAUUGCUGGUAAACCUGCUCCAAAGUGAUAUAUCUGCAGGACACUUUGGUGUGAACAGCAAACCAAACAAUCAAAAUACCAAUAAACCUAAGAAGAAAAAGCCUCCAAGGAAAAAGAAAAAUAAUCAGCAAGCUGAACAAAUUAAUGCUUCAGAACCACGCACAGCUGGCCUGGAAGAGGCAGAUCAACUGCCGUUGCCAGGAGAACAAGGUAUAAAUUUGGAUAACACUGGACAUAAACUUCCGGACUUCACAAACAGGCCACCAGGUUACCCUUCUCAAUCAAUGGAACAAAGAUCCCUUCAGCAAAUGCCACCUCAGCUUUUGCAACAUGGGGGGCAGCAGCAACCACCACCUACACCACAACAGACACAGUCGCAGCAGCAACAGCAGAUGAUGAUGAUGCUCAUGAUGCAACAGGAUCCAAAAUCUGUCAGGCUUCCUGUUACUCAAGGUGUCCAUCAGCCUCGUGGCCCUCUAAAUGUAGAGACACAAAGAAUACCAAUGCAGCAGGGAGGCAACAUGUCAGUUAUGGUUAGCCUGCAAGGUCCUGGUUCAGUGCCUCCAUCUCCUGAUAAGCAAAGAGCUUCUAUGCCAAACAAUCCACCUUUGGUGAAUAGUGCGCGAAAGAUGGUGUACCAAGAUAAUGCACAGAAUCCUACUAAUUCUCCACUUGGAGAAGUUCCAUCCAUGCCCUCUGUUUUGGAAGGAAAUGGGUCUGAAGCCCCUCCAGCAUCAGGGGUUCAAAAUAAUAUAGCGUCCCAUUUAGUUGUUUCACAAAACCAGUUAAUGAUGGCGGGGCCCAAACCUGGACCUUCUCCAAUGUCUGCUCCUCAGGGUGCAAGCCCUCAACAGCAAUCUAAUUCUCUUCCUGGCCCUCAUCCACACCAUUUUCAAAGUGUUGCCACCACAUCGCAAACAUCAAGGCCCAAAACACCAAACAGGGCAAGUCCAAGACCAUACUAUCCUCAGACUCCCAAUAAUCGUCCACCAAGCACAGAGCCAUCAGAAAUAAGUUUAUCUCCAGAGAGGCUCAAUGCUUCUAUUGCAGGUCUCUUUCCUCCUCAGAUUAAUAUUCCUUUGCCUCCUAGGCCUAAUCUUAACAGGGGAUUUGAUCAACAGGGUCUUAAUCCAACCACUUUGAAAGCCAUUGGGCAAGCACCCUCAAAUCUCACAAUGAACAGUCAGUCAAGUUUUGUGUCUCCACAGACACAUAAGUUGGACUCUCUGGCUAUUAAUUCAGGAAAGCAAACCAAUGCUGGAGGGGCAAAGCGAGCCAGUCCAAGUAACAGUAGAAGGUCCAGUCCUGGAUCCAGCAGGAAAACUACACCAAGCCCUGGAAGGCAAAACUCAAAGGCGGCCAAAUUAGCUUUGACACCACAACAGAAUUCUGCACUCAUGCAGAACAUGGACUUGCAAAGAAGCAUGAUGGUUGGUCCACCUUCUUUACAAACACCCAUGCCUGGAAGUUUUCAGAAUAAUGGCAUGUUAAGUGCUCAGAACCCUGCAAUCCCUGUAUCUAUUAUGACUGGUAUUCCUGAAGAUAAAGAGAGCUUCAGUGCCCCUCAAGACAGCACAUGCCAGAAUACACAGGGUGUUGCAAUGAACAAAGAUCAGCGUAACAUAGAGUUGAAAGGUGUUCCCAGUCAAGAAAUCAAAAUACUAGUCCAUGAAGAGCAACAGAAAAGAGAGGCCCCUCUUGUGGACUCAAACAAGCUUCCCAGUCUGGAAGAAAGUAAGACUCUUCUUUCUCCAGCUAUGAGGGAGGCACCAACAUCCUUAAGUCAACUUCUUGACCAUUCUGGAGCGCCUAAUGUAACCAUCAAGCCUCUGGGCCUCUCUGGCCUUGAUGUUCCUCCAGCAGUGACUUGUGCAGAAGAAUUUAAAAAGAUUUCUGCCAUUCCUCCUUCCCAACAAGAUCCCUCUUCUAGCAAAGAUCCUGCUUGCUCACUAAGUUUAUCGCAGAGUACUGAAGUGUGUUCAACUCCAGUGCAACAAGACCUGGGAGACUCACAUUCAAAUGUUUCUCAGAAUAUUCCUCCAGUUAUCCAGAGGCCUGUUAGCUCUGCAUCUAUUUCUACAUCACUCCCACCCAGUCAGAUAACAGUAUUUGUAACUUCUAACCCCAUUACAUCAUCUUCUAACACGUCAGCAUCAUUGCCUUCUCACUUGCAGCCUACGUUAAUGCCUACUGUUGUCACCAUGCCUAAUGUGAGUAAUAAAGUUAUGACUUCCGAAGGACAGACAGUAGUUCAGUCUAGUGCUCGGCCCCAAUUCAUUACUCCAGUUUUUAUAAAUUCAUCCUCAAUAAUUCAGGUUAUGAAAGGGUCUCAGCCAAGUACAGUUCCUGCAACCCCAAUGACUUCUAGUUCUAAUUUAAUGCCACAGUCUGUUGCAGUUGUUGGCCCUUUGCAUUUAUCCCAGAAUAUAAAGUUCUCUUCCGGGCCUGCCCCUCCUAGUGCAUCAUCUAACACACCUGUCUCAAGCAUGCCAACAAGCCGGUCACUGGUUAUUAAUUCAUUGGCAACUCCUAUUCAGCUUCCUUCUCCCUCAUCAACAGCUUCUUCAAGCACCUCUUUGCAUCCUUCAAUUCAACAAGUCAAAGAUUUCAAUCCAGAGGAGAAGAGUUCUCAGACGUGUGCCUCUACUGAUCCAUGCUCUGUAGCAACCACACAAUCUGGAGCUGUGGUUUCCCCACCUCGUGCACAUAGCCCUGGAUCUUCUGUCAACAGACGAAGUCCAGUUUCCUCUACUAAGGGAAAGGGAAAGGUGGACAGAAUCGGUCAGUUUUUGCUGACAAAAGCAUGCAUGAAAGUCACAGAUUCUCUUGAGAAAGGAGAAGAACAAUAUUCCAUCGAGGGAGAAGUGGAAGACCAGGGACAAGAGAUUUCAAUUCCAAACAGUGUGGAAGCAGAACAGUUACCUGUAGAUCUAAAAGAUAACACUAUGGCACCUCCUGCAUCCACUCUUUCAAAACAAAGCACUUCUGGGACUAGCCAUUUAAAUGUUAGUACGGCUGCUACUGUUUCUGCCUCUGUCUCUCUAAGCUUACCUAGCAGCACUUCUUCCACGAAUGUACUCUCAGUAGUAACCACUCCAGUGAUAUCUGACAUCAUAUCCACAAUUCCAAGCACUAAUGGUAACCCUGGUAGUUUACCAGCAGAGCCAGUUGGGAUUGGACCAGAUGAUGAGAAAGCAGAAGUCCAUCAUGAAUUACCACAGAAUAUGGGAUCUUCAGCCCAGACUCCAGUUGCAACACAAGAAAGUGCUGUUCAACGCACAGAACUGGAAGCAAAUUCUGCAACUAUCACUGGCCUUACUAGUGAGCCAAAGGAGAGUUGUGAAAAGUCAAAAACGCCAAGCAGAAGAAACUCAAGAACAGAGGAAUCUUCAGCAGUGCAGGAGACUGUAGAGAAUGGUCAGCGCAAGAGGUCCUCCAGACCAGCAUCGGCGUCUAGCACUGCAAAAGAAACAAAUGCCAGUGCUAUGCAGUCAAAAAGAAGAAAAUCCAAAUGAAUUAUUGGGUGGAUAUGCAAGACCUGUAAAUGUGUGAAUUUUAUCAGUAGAAGUUCUGAGCUGUGAUUUCUCACUAUCGUAAGAGACUUCCCCCGCCCUAAAAUUCUGUACAGUAACUCAUUUUAAUAUUAUCCUGCUCCCAACAAAUGCAAAGGAUUUUUCUAAAGACAAAAUGAUUAAAAAAUCAGGUUAUUUGUUAAAUUUUCUGGUUUUGUAAAGUACAUUUAGCACACUAGAUUUAGCGUGUUGUAAAAAAUCUAAGGAGAUAAUUGUAAAUUUAUUUCUACGUUUUCACUUUUCAUAGGACAAACUAGAGUAAAGGAUUGUCUUUUUUUAGAUAUUAAAAUAAUGUAUUGUGCCGUUGGUCAAGUACUGUAUGUGAAUAGCAGUCAAAGGGUUAUAUAUGGCCCAAUCUUGGAAAUGUAAAUAGUUUUAUUAUACAGUAGGCUUCUUGAUGUAUUUGUUGUAGAAAAGGACCAGUGGAACAAAAUGAAAUGGAAAGGUUUGUGAAAUGUGGAUUACCUAAUGCUCUGAAUAAAUGUUAUUGACCUAAAA